AUGUGGCGAGGAAGGGCACGGCUCCAGGGGCUGCAAGCAGCCUCGCAGUCCUUCGUCGGAAGCGGAGCUUCGGCGUCAAGCGGUGGCCAUGGUGGCGCGGCGCACUUCCCGGGUGGCAUCUUCUCCAAGCAGCUCACUUCCGCCGCUGCCGCCGCCACCACUGACGGCUCCGGUGCAGGCUUGGCUGAGGCUUGGUGCGCAGCACCCCCUCCCUCGGCCCCUCGGCUUCAGAUGCAGAUGGAUGCGGCCAUGGGUCCGUCGGAGCUAUGCGUCGUUCGUCGUACUCUGGCCAUGAACGAUCUGGAGAGGCGCCUUCAGCUAGCCAUGGUGGUGUACGCGGGUGGAGGUCGGAGGGCGAUGUCACCGGAGUUCGUGCUUGAAGCAAUCCAGGACAAGGUGGGAGUUUUGCCUGAGAGGAUGUCGAUCCAUCGUCACCGGCCGGAGGACUUCCUCGUUGUCUUCGCGCGGGCGGACGACAGGAACAGGGUGAGUGCCAUGCCGGUGAUGGAGCACAGGGGAGUUCGGUUGUACUUCAGGCAGUGGAUCCGACAGGCCCAGGCUACUCAUGCGGCCAUGCAGUUCAAGGUCAAGAUUGUGAUGGAAGGGAUCCCGCCCCAUGCUUGGGAGCGGGAGGUGGCAGAGACGCUGUUGGGGUCGGCGUGCCUUGUGGACACGAUUGAUCCAGAAACGAGCUCCCGCUCGGAUCUCUCGGCGUUCAGAUUGACGGCGUGGGCGGCGUAG